UCUGAGCAGGGGCAGGACUAGGCUGGGUGAAGGAAUGUCUAAGCUCUGCUAGGACAGUCAGAGUGGCCUUGCUGACUGCUGUCCCACAUGCUCUUGGGGUCCUCAGGUUAAUGUUUUGGAGGUGCUGGAUACCUGCUGUAUCACUGCCUUAUUGCCUUGUGACUUCUGUGUUCCUGUGUUCCUUCUUUAGGGUCAGGAGACAGGGCAGGUGUCCUCUUGAGCUCUCCCUGGGUAAUAAGCUUGGGGUCUGCAGUGUCCCCUUCUCAGCAGGGUAGCCAGAUCCAUCUUCAGUCCCUCCUCCCUGUCAAGGGGGAAGUGAGAAGGAGGGGGGCCAGGGACCCUGCCUUCUGGGUCAAGAAGGCUAAAAAAAGCAGAAGUACAAGGAGUAACGGGGCCCUCUGGCCAUUGGCUUGAGCCCUACCAUGCAGACCCCGGCAGAUUUCCCCAGGGUUGAAAGAGAUUCGGCCUCCUGUCCCAGAAAGGUGAGCAGAAGGGUCUCCAGUAGUGUCUGUCACCAGGACUCUGGGAAAGGAAUAGUUUUGGGUGUGACUCUGUCCCCUGGGGUUUCUGGGUGGCCGCUUCUCUCCCCAGAGAGUGUUCUCAGUCAGAGACAGACAGAUGAGGGGGAAGUGCAGAUCUCAGGGUGGGUAAACCAGGGUUUCUGUGUGGUCUUUGCCCACCUCAGCCCCUCUCUGAGUCAUGCUUUCUGCCUAUCUCUCCACAAGGUUACACUCAGGGGCCAGGAGCUUUUUGGUUUUUUGGUGGGGUUGUUACACCCACUCCCCUAUCUAUCAGAGAGAGUCUCCUGAAGAUAGGAUUGAGUCUCUGAGGGUCAAGACCUGGAGUGGGAAGUCCCAGACUGGUCCUAGGAUUGAGGGAGAGGGAGGGUUUGGGUGGGCAGGAAGUGGCUCUGGCUGAUUAACCUACCCACCCAUCCUGGCACUUAAGACAGCUGAUACCAGUCAGGCAGGACCCAGAGGAGGGCCUUGAGCUCAAGUUGGUAAUGCCACUAGUUUUCUUUGAGCUUAGGUGUUACUAUCCUCUAGGCUUCAGUUUCCUGUUCCCAAAAAGGGGUUAACAGCUUUUGAGAUAUUUGGAUCAGAGUCAAAGCCAUCAGAGUGCCCUUAGUUGAUGAUGUUCUCAACCUCUACCUCAGUCUUGGGGCCACCCUCAGGGAAACACUAGGGAAACAGAAGACCCCAGACACUGCUGUGCUGAGUGCUGGGAGCUGGUAGUUUGUAUCCCCUUGUUUCUGUCCCCACCCCCAGGUAUACCAGCAACAACGACUCUGUCCUUUGCCUUUUCCUGGGGAUCCCUGCCCUGCCACCUGCUGUGUCUGCUCUGGGCAUCCAUCAGUCUUUGUGGACCUCACUCACUCUGACUCUCUUACUGCCCACCUGUUUCUGAUGUUGAGUUCCAGGCUGUCUUCACCGUUUGGGUACAAGCCACAUGUUAGGUGUCUGUUGGGUUUGUGUCCCUUUCUGUCUUUGCGUGUUGGGUUGUUAUUGCCAUCUGUCUCAUCUAAUGCAUUCCCGUGCCCUUCUCUUUGUGCCUAUUGAGUUCCUAUCCCCUCUGUCUCUGCAUGUUGGGUACAAGUCUCUGUCUACCUGUCUGUUAAACAGGAAUUGCUACUUCUCCCCACCUGAUGGAUAUGUGCUCCUCUGGACUCUGCUUUUAGGUACAUGUCUGCCUCUGCCUGUUGGAUAUGUGUACCUUUCUGCUUUUGCCUGUUGGGUACAGGUGCCUGUCCCUCUCUGCCUGUUAGGUAUGAGUACUUAUUCAUUCUUGCUGGAUAUAUUUGUAUAUGUAUAUAUGUAUAUGUAUCCCUUCCUGCCCCUGCCUGUUGGAUGCCCAUCUUAUUUAUUUAUUUUGGUAGUACUAGGAUUUGAAUUUAGGGCUUCAUGCUUGCUAGCAGGCGCUGUACACUUGAGCCAUUCCGCCAACCCUGGAUGCCCAUCUUUAUCUGUCUCCACCUGUUGGAUGCCUGUCUCUGCCUGUUGAGUGUCUCUCUUUAUCUGCUUGUACAUUGCUAGGCACCUGUCUUUGCCUGUUGGGUACCAGUCUUCUCAGCAGCUGGGUUGGCAUAGGACUUUCCCUCUGUAGGACCACGGGGAAGAUGGGGGAGAGGGCCUAAGGGCAGCCCUCAGGCACUGGGGAGGGGAGAAGAGAGAAGGGAACCGGGUGAGGGUGGAGGCCUGAAGCUAGGAAACCACAGGCCCUGAGUGAUUGGUUGCCCUGAGCUGGGCCCAGCCCCUGAGCCCGCACCCAGCACAUCCGCCUUGGCCCGGCCACCUCCGUGGCAGCCCCGGACGCCGUCUGCCCCUGCCAUGGUGCCAGCCCUACUGGGCGGAUGGAGCAGGAUCCCAAGCCGCCCCGUUUGCGGCUCUGGGCCCUGCUCCCCUGGCUGCCCAGGAAGCAGCGGCCUAGGAUCGGCCAGACCUCUCUGCCUGCUCCUGACUCUGGCUCUAGUUCUCGGCAGAACUUGGAUGAGGGCAUCCUCAAGGAGAUCUCCAUCACGCACCAUGUCAAGGCAGGCUCGGAGAAGGCUGAUCCAUCCCAUUUCGAGCUCCUCAAGGUUCUGGGCCAGGGAUCCUUUGGCAAAGUCUUCCUGGUGCGGAAGGUCACCCGGCCCGACAAUGGGCACCUGUAUGCCAUGAAGGUGCUAAAGAAGGCAACAUUGAAAGUACGUGACCGAGUUCGGACCAAGAUGGAAAGAGAUAUCCUGGCUGAUGUAAACCACCCAUUCGUGGUGAAGCUGCACUAUGCCUUCCAGACUGAGGGCAAGCUCUAUCUCAUUCUGGACUUCCUGCGUGGUGGUGACCUCUUCACACGGCUCUCAAAAGAGGUUAUGUUCACGGAGGAGGACGUGAAGUUUUACCUGGCCGAGCUGGCUCUGGGCCUGGACCACUUGCACAGCCUGGGCAUCAUUUACAGAGACCUCAAGCCUGAGAACAUCCUUCUUGAUGAGGAGGGUCACAUCAAACUCACUGACUUUGGCCUGAGCAAGGAGGCCAUUGACCACGAGAAGAAAGCCUACUCCUUCUGCGGGACAGUGGAGUACAUGGCCCCUGAAGUUGUCAACCGCCAGGGCCACACCCACAGUGCGGAUUGGUGGUCCUAUGGGGUGUUGAUGUUUGAGAUGCUGACAGGCUCCCUGCCCUUCCAGGGGAAGGACCGGAAAGAGACCAUGACCUUGAUUUUGAAGGCAAAGCUAGGCAUGCCCCAGUUUCUGAGCACGGAAGCUCAGAGUCUCCUGCGGGCCCUGUUCAAGAGGAAUCCUGCCAACCGGCUCGGCUCAGGCCCUGACGGAGCAGAGGAAAUCAAACGGCACAUCUUCUACUCCACCAUUGACUGGAAUAAGCUCUACCGUCGUGAGAUCAAGCCACCCUUCAAGCCUGCUGUGGCUCAGCCUGAUGACACCUUCUACUUUGACACAGAGUUUACAUCCCGCACACCCAGAGAUUCCCCAGGCAUCCCCCCCAGCGCUGGAGCCCAUCAACUGUUCCGUGGCUUCAGCUUUGUGGCCACUGGCCUGAUGGAGGAUGACGGCAAGCCUCGGGCCACACAGGCCCCCUUGCACUCCGUGGUACAGCAACUCCAUGGGAAAAACCUGGUUUUUAGUGAUGGCUACGUGGUAAAAGAGACGAUUGGUGUGGGCUCCUACUCUGUAUGCAAGCGUUGUGUCCACAAGGCCACCAACAUGGAGUAUGCUGUCAAGGUCAUCGACAAGAGCAAGCGGGAUCCCUCAGAAGAGAUUGAGAUUCUUCUGCGGUAUGGGCAGCACCCCAACAUCAUCACCCUGAAGGAUGUGUAUGACGAUGGGAAGCAUGUAUACCUGGUGACAGAGCUGAUGAGAGGCGGGGAACUACUGGACAAGAUCCUGCGGCAGAAGUUCUUCUCGGAGCGGGAGGCCAGCUUCGUCCUGCACACCAUCGGCAAGACUGUGGAGUACCUGCACUCACAGGGCGUUGUGCACAGGGACCUCAAACCCAGUAAUAUCCUGUACGUGGACGAGUCUGGGAACCCUGAGUGCCUGCGCAUUUGUGACUUUGGCUUUGCCAAGCAGCUGCGAGCUGAGAAUGGACUCCUCAUGACACCUUGUUACACAGCCAACUUUGUGGCACCUGAGGUGCUAAAGCGCCAGGGCUAUGAUGAAGGCUGUGACAUCUGGAGCCUGGGCAUCCUGCUGUAUACCAUGCUGGCAGGAUACACUCCAUUUGCCAAUGGGCCCAGUGACACACCAGAGGAGAUCCUGACCCGAAUUGGCAGUGGGAAGUUCACCCUCAGCGGGGGAAAUUGGAACACAGUUUCAGAGACAGCCAAGGACUUGGUGUCCAAGAUGCUACACGUGGACCCUCACCAACGCCUCACAGCCAAGCAGGUCCUCCAACACCCAUGGAUCACCCAAAAAGACAAGCUUCCCCAGAGCCAGCUGUCCCACCAGGACCUGCAGCUCGUGAAGGGAGCCAUGGCAGCCACGUACUCUGCACUGAACAGCUCCAAGCCCACCCCCCAACUGAAGCCAAUUGAAUCGUCUGUCCUGGCCCAGAGGCGAGUGAGGAAGCUGCCGUCCACCACCCUGUGAGCCACGGGACAGUGCUAGCUUGAUGGAGGCAGUUCCUUCUCAGAGGAGCAAGACAGCCACAGGGCCAGAGUCAGCUGGAGCCCUGAGGGGUCCGGGAAGCAGCCCACCCAGAUCACCCCAGCAAGGGUGUGAAGUGCCUUCUCCUUCCCCAAGAUGGACUCUUCUCACCUCAGGCUCUGCUGGGUGACAGUCACUGUACAAACUCUUACCUUUUUAAAGGCAAAAAUGGCAUCAGCCACCCUGGACUUUUAUAAGAUCCAUUUGCCUUUCUGGGAGCAGAAAUAGCCAGUGCAGCCCCAGGAGGGGCGCUGAGUCACACUGGGGUUCUCUGUGGCCAGGACUCCUUCUAGCAGCUUUGAGGCCCUAUCUUGGGGACUCCCACAGUUGGCCAUCUGGAGCCAUCUGCACACAACUCCAAGCAGCCCAGCGUCGCCUCUCAGAGCCACCGGCAGUUUAGCAGAACUCACUGUGUCCCCAGCCAGCUCCUUUUCCGUUCUGUUUGCUGGGGGUCUAGAGCCACUUUCUGUUAGAGCACGAGGACCCCACCCUGCCAGCUCCCUGCCCCAGGCACCAGCAUCCAUAUCGCCCGUGGUGGGCCCCUGAAGUGAGGUCAAGCAGCCCCAGAGAAAGGACAUGGAGAGCACUUUUUGGCAGACUUCUGGGUCUGCCUCUGGACAGAGUUCAUAGGAGGCCAGGGGGGUGGGCCACAAGGGACAGGGGCUUUUUUCAUUUCCUCCUCAGCUGGUAACUCAGGGUUCACCUGUCCAUGGCCUUCCUAAUAAACUUACAAUCAGGUCAAAGCACACUCUCUUCCACUUUUCACCCUUAAAUUUACUCUGUCUGCUAAUGGUGUUAAGGACUUUGGCAGCAACAGGAAAUGGGUCAGGGCCAAUUAGUCCAGCUGCUUGGAGCGCAGGUUAUUUGAGGAACGUGUGGGAAUCCCUCUUGCCCUGCCUACACAUUCCUGCCAGGGGAUUCCAUUAUGGUAUUGACAACAGUAACGAUAUUAUUAGCCACUAGUGACAAGUGCCAGGCAUUAUGCUUGGCUCUUUUAUUUUCUUCUUUUUCUUUUCCUCUUUCCCUCCCUCCCUCAUCGAUGGAAAUCAAACCCAGGGCCUCGUUCAUGCUAGACAAGUCCUCUACCAUUGAGCUUCAUCCCAGGCCCCUAUCUCAAUCUUAACAACUUUGUGAGGAAGAUGCUAUUAUGUUUUCAUCUGCAUUUUAUAGAUGGAGAAACAGGCUCAGAGAGGGAAAUGACAUUUUCUCAUUCAAUAUCUAUUUUCUGAGCAUCUGUUCUGGCCCUGGUCCAGACACUGGUGAAUCAAGCAGAGAACAAGGUCAUGGGUCUUACCCCCUAAUACAGGAAAUAGAUAGUUAACAGACCAAGGUCAGCUACUGAUAAGACAGUUGCAGAGAGUGAAAUUUGGAUAAGAGAUUGGGUCAGGGAAGGCUACUCUAGGGAGUGACCCAGAAGCUGAGUAGUGAAAAGGAGCCAGCUGAGAGCAGGAGGCAGAGGGCAGAGUUUGGACAAAGACCCCCCAAGAGGGAAGCAGUCUGGGCCUGUGCAGGGACCAGAGAGGAAGCUGAUGGUAGAUAUGACCUCAGAGCCAGGGGUUUGCACAGGAUGAGGUUGGAAAGGAGCAGGGACCAGUUGUGCUGCACUUGUAAGCCAGGGUUGGGCAUCGGGGUUUUCAUUCUAAAUCAGAAUGUAAGCUUGUCGCUGGGGACAUAGCUCAAGUAGUAGAGUACAUACGUAGUGUGAGGCCCUGAGUUCAAACCUCAGUACUGUCAAAAUCGUUGACUAGCCACAGUGACUCACACUGAGCAGAAAUUCCUCUACUCGGGAGGUGGAGAUUAGAAGGAUCACAGUUCAAGACCAGUCUGGGCAGAAAGUAAGCAAGACCCAAUCUUAACCAACCAGCCUGGCAUGGUGGUGCAGCCUGUGAUCUCAGCUGGGGGCUGUAGGUAGAAGAAUCAAGGUCCAAGGCUAGCCCCUGGCAAAAACCUGAGAUCCCAUCCAAAAUAUAACCAAAGCAAAAUAGAGCUGAGAGUGUGGCUCAAGUGGCAGAGCACCUGCCCAGCAACCACAAGGCCCUGAGUUGAAACCCCAGUACUGCCAAAAAAAAAAAAACUUAGGAACUAGGAGCGUAGUUUGAUGGUAGAAUAUGUGUUUAGUGUUUGUGAGGCCCUGGUUCAAUCCCUAGCACCAAAAAAAAAAGUAUAUAUAUAGUAUACAUGCAUAUAG